CCUCAAUCGGACUAAUCUCCGAACUGGUUGAAUACCCACUGCUGGGUAAUUUGCCUCCAACUGUUGCAUGUUUCCUUUCUCUGGGAUUGCCUGGUGUGCUCUAACUAAGAUUGGAGCACUGUGAAAUGGGGGAUAGGAAUGUCUUUUAUCGCAUAUGCUGCUCAUGCUGUGGGGAAGAUGAGCCAGAGGAGAAGACUCCAAUCAUCAGCGACACGUUGCUGUAUUUUGCCCAGGAAGCUCAGCGCAGGAGAUCGGAACAAGCAAACUUGUGGAGUGAGCCUCAUGAUGCAUUCCACACGGAGAGAGAUGAUGAUCGGGAACUUUACAACUUGCUGCAGAAACGAGCCAAGACACGGAGGGGCUCUCAGGGUUACCGUCGCCUCAGUUUUGACAUUCAUGCAGUUCGCCAGGAACGCAGAGAUGUACUGGGGAAGUGGAAGAUGAUUUUAGAAAACUUGGGUUUUCAUGCAGAGUCUGAUAUGCUUUUGAAUGUCACAUCUGCAACCUCGUACAGCAGCAUGAGGAAUGCACCCCAGGCAAAGAAACUGCUGGACAUCCUGGCUCAAGAAACCUCAAUAUUUGACAAUAAAAUGCCGGCGGAGAGAUACAUCUUUGUUUUGGACCGUCUAAUCACACUGGAUGCUGCAGAGGACUUUCUGAGAAAGGCAAAAAAUUAUUAUCCCCGGGAUCAGAGCCCUGAGAUGGAGACAGAGGAACAGGAUUCAGUUGUUGUUCUAAUAAAAAGAACAAAUGAAAUCAACCCAGUAACAGACGAGGAACUGGAAGAAGUUGAUGAAGAAAUUCUCCUCUCGAGAUCACUGGAAUUGUGAUUAUCAAUCCAAUUUGAGAUUCCUAAGCUGUGUUUUCCAAAGGUUGUUGCAAUAAGUUCAUCAUCUUUCCUGUUGGAAUUUCUGGAAGGUAAAGAAAGAACUUUGCUUUUCUACACCAUCUUUCACCACCUCAGGAUGUCCCAGAGCCAAUGAAGUGCUUUUGAAGUAUAGUCACUUUUGUAAUGUAGGAACAUCAGUCAAUUUGUGCACAGCAAGCCCCCACAAACAGCAGUAUGAUAAUGUAAUAAUCUGUUUUGAAUGUUGAUUGAGGGAUAAAUAUUGACCAAGACACCGGGGAGAAAUCCUUUGCGUUUCCACAAAGUGUAAUGGAAUCUUUGACCCUCCUCCUGAAAGGGUAGAUGGGGGCCUUAAUUUAACAGCUCAUCCAAAAGAUGGCCCCUCUGACAAUGCAAAAUAAAGGAGUUAAAGGUGCUGUUUAGAUGCAGGUUGUUGAGUUGCAUGUGGUACCAUAUAUGUGAGAGGUGGGGGCAUUCCCUGUAUUGAUUUGACUAUCCUGUUUUGUUUGCUUUUUCUCUGAGCCAUUGACC